AUGUCUUCGGUUGAGGAAUCGUCAGGCAGUCCAUCUGAAGAUGAGCCUGUGGAACCGGAUGAUCCUCAGAUGCCUUCCAAGGAUUAUGCCUUACAUCGCAAAAAGAAGAAGAAAUAUGUCUUACAAGGGAAGUUCGAUCUCACAGCGGCAGAGAAGUCGAAAAUAGAUGCGCUUGACGACAAAAUUCGACCUAAAAUCCCCAUGCUCGUGGUAAGGAUGAAGAAGACCAAUGUGAAAAAAUACCCUGAUCUGGCAAUACUUAAGGAGUAUGCAGUCAGUCACUUUCCUAGCAAAACUCAAACGAUCACACUCAAGCUACAUGGGAAGAGUAAGGAAUGGCUGUGCGAUUUUCGCAUAAUACCUGAAAAGGGACACCACCUCUAUUUGCACGAGUUUGUCCAUGACAAUAAUGUGCGGGAGGGUGAUCUCUGCCUCUUUCAACCAACGACAAAGGGUGAUGUAAGAAACUUCAAGGUGACAGUCCAUCACCUUCGCGAAGCAAGCGUUGAUCAUUCCCCUGUUGAAAGAAAUGAUAUUGGCACAAGUGAUGGGACUAUUCAAGAAAAAAGUGCAGAUUCAGUUGAUAUACGAAGCAGGUCUGAUGAUGAUACCAAACAGACAUCAGGAAGAAAAUUAUAUCCUAGCUGUCAGAGGGGUAGCUCAAGGGAUCAUCGAAACAGUGCAAAAAGGGCUGCAAAACCCACUUCCUUUGAGAAAUCAGGAGAUGACAGUCCUUUAGCAUACAAUUCUGUUGAGUCUGAUGAUUGUCGAACACCUCGAGGACAUAAUUAUGCACUAUCACUUGGGAGUUAUCUAUCUGUAGCACAAUAUGAGAAAGUGAUUGCACUUUUAGAGAGAAUUCAACCCGAGACUGCUGUAUACGUUGAUGUCAUGAGUCAGCGUGCUGUUCAACCACCCAGUCCUCUACUGAUCAUUCCUGAGGAACAUGCAAUUGCACACUUUCCAAAUGAAAGUGUGACUAUCGCACUUCAAGGGCCGGAAAAGAAGAGCAAGAAGUGGCAACCCAGAUUCUACAUGACAAAAGAUAAAAGUGAGUACAUGCUUAUUGGGCAUUGGUUCGACUUCGUCUAUGACAACAGUUUGCAGGAAGGGGAUAUCUGCAUCUUUGUACCAGAAAAGGGUGAGGCGAGGAGAUCCAAGUUUACCGUCCAUCUACUUCGUGGAGAAACAAGUCAUUCGGGAGGUGGAACUGGUGGUGUUCAAGCGGCUGGCUAGGGCGAGGGUAAAACAAAUACAAAGAGAAAACGCUUCCUCGGAAAGCAACAUGCAUAGGAUUCCUCAUGAACCUCUGGAGAGAAAGAAGUCUGCUGGUCUUGUUGUGCCUCCUUACAUUCUACCAUCCAAGACCCAUCUCUCUCCAUCUCAGGAGAACAUUGUUGAAACGGAAGUGCAAGCCAUCCAAUCUGAAGUUCCCAUUUAUGUAUCAAUCAUGAAAAAGAGCUGCAUUGGUGCCAUUAACACUAGUAGGAAAAGGGGCUUUUACCCCGGUUUGUAAGGGCCUUUUGUCCCGUUCUCGAACCGGGACUAAAGGAU